AUGCCCAACUUGUUUAAGAUAAUCUUGACAAGCACUGAUAUAUGGAGAGUUCCAGAACAGCUCGGAUGUGAUUGUGAUGCCAAGGAUAAUGAUGGAUAUAACUGUGAUGCCAAGGAUAAUGAUGGAUAUAACUGUGAUGCCAAGGAUAAUGUUGCGUUUGUGAUACCAAUUACAAAUAACGAGGAGAUUGUGAUGCCAAGAUUCGAGUCUAACUCUGGGCUGUGUUACUGGGCUCCUCCCACUGCUCCCACAAGCUCCUCCCACCUCCCACAAGCUCCUCCCACUGCUCCCACCUCCCACAAGCUCCUCCCACCUCCCACAAGCUCCUCCCACUGCUCCCACCUCCCACAAGCUCCUCCCACUACUCCCGCAAGCUCCUCCCACCUCCCACAAGCUCCUCCCACUACUCCCACAAGCUCCUCCCACUGCUCCCACCUCCCACAAGCUCCUCCCACUGCUCCCACCUCCCACAAGCUCCUCCCACUGCUCCCACCUCCCACUGCUCCCACAAGCUCCUCCCACUGCUCCCACCUCCCACAACCUCCUCCCACUAAUCCCACAAGCUCCUCCCACUGCUCCCACCUCCCACAAGCUCCUCCCACUGCUCCCACAAGCUCCUCCCACUGCUCCCACCUCCCACAAGCUCCUCCCACUAAUCCCAUAAGCUCCUCCCACUGCUCCCACCUCCCACAAGCUCCUCCCACUGCUCCCACCUCCCACAAGCUCCUCCCACUACUCCCACAAGCUCCUCCCACUGCUCCCACCUCCCACAAGCUCCUCCCACUGCUCCCACAAGCUCCUCCCACUGCUCCCACCUCCCACAAGCUCCUCCCACUAAUCCCACAAGCUCCUCCCACUGCUCCCACCUCCCACAAGCUCCUCCCACUGCUCCCACCUCCCACAAGCUCCUGCCACUGCUCCCACAAGGUCCUGCCACUGGCGGUCUUCACAUUACCCAUAACAAGGCAGCAUUACACCAACUCUCAGGAGGAUCACGUCUCAUCUGACUGA